UUAUCUUUUAUUUUAAUAUAAUAUUAAUAUAUAUUUUUAAACAGAUAGAUUUGAAAAGUCGAAUACUAAAUUAAAGGAAGAAUAUAACUAUUAUCCUUUAAUAAAUUAUUAAAUUUUUUUAAAGGUAAUAUUUAUUUUCGAUUUAAAUUCGAUAUGGCGUCGCGCGCAUCGUACCGUACAGAUUUUAUGUAUUAGACUACAUAUAUUCGUUUGUUGAUUAAAGAAUAUAUAACAUUAUCAAACUCCUAAAUGUGUUUUAAAUGUGUUAAGUUAUUUUUAUCUGUUAAAAGAACCAUGAUUUUAUCAUAAUUAAGUGUUUCUAUAUAUUACAUACAUUUGUGGUCAGUUUACACUGUGUUAGGUUAUAUUUUAACUAAAAUUUACAUAGGAUUAUUUACUUUAUUUUCAUCAAUCUAAAAUUCUUAAUCAACGGUUACAAUAUGAACGUUGUUCCUGGGACAGCUUCCUUAUUAGGAGAACUUGACAAAAAACUAAUGGUUUUGCUGAGAGAUGGUAGAACAUUAAUUGGAUACCUAAGAAGUGUUGAUCAAUUUGCUAACAUAGUACUUCAUCAAACCAUUGAAAGAAUUCAUGUUGGUAAAGAAUAUGGUGAUAUUCCAAGAGGCAUAUUUAUUGUCAGAGGAGAGAACGUCGUACUAUUAGGAGAAAUAGAUAGGGAAAAAGAAAGAAAUUUACCAUUGACAGAAGUAACGGUGGAUGAUAUUCUAGAUGCACAAAGAAGAGAACAAGAAAUGAAACAAGAUCAAAAACGUUUGAUGAACAAGGCAUUGAAGGAACGUGGUCUUUCAUAUAUUCCAGAUUUGGGUCAUGAUGAUAUGUUCUGACCCACGUCUACAUCUCUGACAACUACUUUAGAAUCAUCUCCAACAUCUUCACAUAAUUCUGACAACAACUAUGAUGUUUGUUGUACAUCAGUGUCAUUCUAUUAACAUUACCAAAAAUAUACAUGUGACUUUGAAUAACCAAAAUUGAUUCAAAUAAGAAUUUGGAAAAAUAAGAAAAGAAAAGAUUAACAGUAUGAUCUAUUAUAUACAGGGUGUCUCAUAUAACUGUAUUCACGAUUUUUCAACUAUUUACAAUAAUCUAACAAAAAAGUUUGAUAUGUUUUUGAUUGAGUAUACAUUGCAAUAAUAAU